GAUAGAGAGAUCGGGCGGACUUGAGGGGUGGGGGUGUGAAUAUGCGUACAGGACUGAGUGCCGAGUGUAUAGGUGCUCCCGGGUGCAAGAGCCCAAGAGGCAGAUCAAUAGGCAGGCGUCCUGCGUGUCCCCGGUCCCGCCCGGCAUCGCCGCGCCAACCGCGCCACGGCGCCGCUCCGCGCCACUCGCUGCCCGCUCGUCGCUCCAGAAGCACGCUCGCGAUCCGAACUCCGCGCUCCGACACUCGCGAAACCAAGUCAUGGAGGCUAAGUACGUGUGGCGUUUGGUGGCUGGCCUGAUCCUGCUGACUGCAGCAGUGGUCACAGCAGAAGGUGAAGUAUGGGAAGAAAGCGAUCACGAGGUCCUCAUCCGUAGCGAGAGGGGUGCUAAAAAUAGAGAGACUUGCCGUUACAUUCGGGGAGCUUGGAGCGAGUGUGACGCCAAGACUAACAUUCGCUCUCGGAAACUCACUUUGAAGAAGGGAGACCCGGCUACCUGUGAGAGUGUUAAAACUAUCCAGAAGAAAUGCAAAGCUUGCCGCUACGAGAAGUCUUCAUGGAGCGAGUGCAGCCCCAACGGCGAGAUGUCUCGUACAGAUGUGUUGAAGGCUAAUAGCGACCCAAGUUGCGACCAAAGUAAGCGCGUUACUAAGAAGUGCAACAAGAACAAACAGGUCAAGACCUCUAAAGACAAGGGUAAGAAAGGUCGCCGAAAUCGUCAAUAAGAUUUGAUGUCCCUUGAAUUAUGAUUGAACUUUCUUAUUGCAUUGAUCUUGGUGCAUCUGUUUAUGUAAUAGUGCCAAAAUAGUGAAAACAUUCUUAAAUCGUUUCUUACAAAAAAUCAUUACUAUAACUAGCUACAAUAUACUUCACGGUACAAUUUAUCUCUUACUAUUGAAUUGUAUGAACACUAGAUAAUGUUAAGUAGAUCUUUACUUAUUCCUUUUAUUAAUGCUGGUAAAUCAUAAUAAUUCUUUAAUAUUAAGUUAAUUAAUUAAUUAAAUAAAUAAGUACUUAAAUAAA